GUCGCUAAAGUCGUAUACGCUAUGAACGUGAAAUGUUUCGAUAACUUUUGAUAUCGUUCUGUGAUAAGAUAUGUAUAAUGUUAAAUGUCCGUAUUUCAUUGAUUUCUUAUAAUUGAUAUUAAAUAAAUAGGCAAAAUGAAGACACGAUUUAAUACGUAUGAUCUUGUUUGUUCCGUAACGGAAUUACAAAGAUUAAUUGGUAUGCGUGUCAACCAAAUAUACAAUGUCGAUCAUCGUACAUAUUUGAUACGUUUUCAACGAAGCGAAGAAAAAUGUAUCCUGUUAAUCGAGUCUGGUAAUAGGAUGCAUACUACAGCUUUCGAAUGGCCCAAGAAUAUAGUACCAUCGAGUUUUUCAAUGAAGAUGAGGAAACAUUUAAAAAAUAAGAGACUCGAAAGUUUGAAACAAAUCGGUACUGAUCGCAUAGUGGAUUUACAAUUUGGCAGUGGAGAAGCUGCAUAUCAUAUAAUAUUAGAAGUAUAUGAUAGAGGCAAUAUUGUUUUAACAGAUUAUGAAAUGACAAUUAUAAACAUUCUAAGGCCUCAUACAGAAGGUGACAAAGUUAGAUUUGCGGUUAAAGAAAAAUAUCCUUCAGAUCGUGCUUAUACUGCUACUAUGGCACCGCUCGAAGAUAUUAAGAAAUCCAUCGAGUCCGCUAAAUCUGGUGAAAAUCUAAAGAAAGUUUUGAAUCCUCUUUUAGAAUUUGGUGCAGCUGUAAUCGAUCAUGUUCUAUUGCAAGCUGGUUUUGCAUCUGGAUGUAAAAUUGGUAAAGAUUUUGAUAUCGCGAAAGACAUGUCUAGGUUGAUUGUAGCUCUGCAAAAUGCAGAUGAUAUGUUGAAUGAUGCAAAAAAAAAUAUUUCAAAAGGAUACAUUAUACAGAAAAAAGAGAUUAAACCGUCUCCAGAUAAUGAAGAAGAUUUCAUAUUUGCUAACAUAGAGUUUCAUCCUUUUCUAUUUGAGCAGUAUAAAAAUUAUCCUUAUAAAGAAUUCGAUUCGUUUGAUGUCGCGGUAGAUGAAUAUUUUUCCACAAUGGAAGGACAAAAACUUGAUUUGAAGGCUUUGCAAAAAGAAAAAGAAGCCAUGAAAAAAUUAGAAAAUGUAAAAAAGGAUCAUAGCCAAAGGCUAAUUACGUUAGAAAAGACACAGGAAUUGGAUAAAUGGAAGGCAGAAUUAAUUUCUAGAAAUCAAAGUUUAGUAGACAAUGCAAUUUUUGCGAUACAAAACGCACUUGCAAAUCAAGUAUCAUGGCCAGAUAUUCAGAUUCUAUUAAAAGAGGCACAAGCAAGAGGUGAUCCUGUUGCUUCUGCUAUCAAACAGCUGAAAUUAGAAACAAAUCACAUUGCGUUAUUAUUACAAGAUCCUUACGAAGAUAGCGACGAGGAGUCCGAAUUAAAACCGACAGUUAUUGAUAUUGAUUUAGCUUAUAGUGCCUUUGGUAAUGCUAGAAAAUAUUAUAAUCAGAAAAGGUCGGCAGCUAAAAAGCAGCAAAAGACCAUAGAGUCUCAAGACAAAGCUUUAAAAUCGGCAGAAAAGAAAACAAAACAAACAUUGAAAGAAGUACAAACAAUUCAUAGUAUUAAUAAAGCAAGGAAAACGUAUUGGUUUGAAAAAUUUUACUGGUUUAUCUCUUCAGAAAAUUAUCUCGUUAUUGGUGGAAGAGAUCAACAACAAAAUGAAUUGAUUGUAAAGAAGUAUCUUAAAACUGGAGAUGUUUAUGUACAUGCAGAUCUAACAGGUGCUAGUUCUAUUGUUGUAAAAAAUCCUGCUGGUGGACCUAUACCUCCUAAAACAUUGGCAGAAGCAGGGACAAUGGCCGUAGCGUAUAGCAUUGCUUGGGAAGCUAAAGUAGUCGCAGGGGCAUGGUGGGUAAAUAAUGAUCAAGUUUCAAAAACUGCACCAACUGGUGAAUAUCUUACAACUGGAUCCUUUAUGAUACGUGGGAAAAAGAAUUAUUUGCCCCCGUGUCAAUUGAUAAUGGGUCUUGGCUUUCUAUUUCGUUUGGAAGAUAGUUCCAUUGAACGGCAUAAGGAUGAACGAAAAGUCAGAGUUAUAGACGAUGAAAUUGAAAAGAAUGAAUCUACGGUUGAAACAGAUAAAGAAAUAGAAUUAGAAGAAAACAGUGAUGAAGACGAAGAUUUGGAAAAUCCAAUACAAUUAGAUUCUAUUAAAGAAGAAUCUUUUAUAGAAUUUAACGCGAUGCCAAAGGAAAAUGAGAAUAAACGUGACAGUGGUAGUGAAGAAGAUACAGACUUUCCAGAUGUAGAAAUCAAAAUUGAUUAUUCAACAUUAAGAGUCGAACUCCAUGAUGAAAGUGAUACUAUAGAUAAGAAAGAUGAGGAAGAUGUUACUUUUAUUGGCAAUGAUAAAUCUAUAGUAAUAAAUUGUAAUAAAGAAGGAACUACAAGAUUUAAACAACAAUUGGCUUUAAAGACUGAAAAAGAAAGUAAAAAGCUUGAACAGGGUCAGUUGAAAAGAGGUCAAAAAAGUAGACUUAAAAAGAUAAAGGAAAAGUAUAAAGAUCAAGACGAGGAAGAUAGGCACUUGGCUAUGGAAGUUUUACAAUCAGCAGGAGCUGCAAAAGAAGAUAAACGUCGUAACAAACAUAAAGAUCCGUCUGGUCCUAAACAACAAGGAAAGAAAAAGGGAACUGUAAAUCCACCUACAAUAAAACAUAUUAAUGUCGAUCAUCUCGAUGAAGAAGAUACAGGACCAGUACCUGAGAUGGAUAUGUUGGACCAAUUAACAGGAAAACCAGUUUCUGAAGAUGAAUUAUUGUUCGCUGUACCAGUUGUAGCACCUUAUAAUACUAUAUUAAAUUAUAAAUUUAAAGUAAAAUUAACACCAGGUACAAGUACAAGGGGGAAAGCUGCAAAAACUGCCAUAGCUGUGUUUUUAAAAGAUAAAGAGAUAACCUUGCGUGAAAAAGAUUUGUUAAAAGCUGUUAAAGAUGAAUCAGUAGUUCGAAAUAUACCUGGAAAAGUAAAAAUAAGUGCACCACAAAUUCAAAAAAUAAAGAAAUAAAUAGUAUUUCUUAAAUAAUAUUAUAUUUUUAUGCUCGUUUAUAAUUGUAUAUUAUAAAUAUACUUAAGUCUGUAUAUUAUUGGUUGGAAUGGCAAUGUUUCAUGAAAAGUGUACUCAAAAAAAAAAAAAAAAAAAAAAAAAAAAAAAAAAAAAGAAAAAAAAAAAGAAAAAAAAUAUAAAAAAGGAAAUAGAAGAAAAAGAGGAUUUAAUAAGUUAAUUUAAAUCCCGUACAAGUUUGAAUAUCAAUGUUCUUGAAAUUGCCGUGCUUACUCUUUAUGAGAACUUUUCUAAGAAUUAAAACUUUUAAUAGAAAUUUACAACAAUAAUAAAGCUUGAUAUUUAUUUAUCAUUAUUAAAUAACGCCAGACAGUUCAAUUUGUUUAAUUUCAAGAAAUUUUAAGACUAUAAACUAAUUAAUUCUUGGAAUAGUAAUAUUAUAUCGUAGAUAUACUUUAUAUUACUUUUUCGGCAGGCCGCACUUCAAAAUUAUUCUUUUCCUUCGUUAUUCGCAUUAUGUAUAAAAAUAAUGAAAGUAUAUAAAGUUUAUAAAUAAUACGAUUUCUACAAAAUCUGUAUUAUAAAUUAUGUCGAUUUCAAAGAGCAUAUAAACUAUGUACACUUAAUAUAGAAAAGAUGGAUAUUAUUCAUGAUGUACAAUAUCUUUUUAAAACAACUAAUGAUCACAGUAUCUUUUAAUCGCUUUUAAAUAUAUCAUCAUCUGAUACAUUACACUGACGUGUAGUUUUGAAUUUAGGAUUUGUAUUCGAAGAUUUUGCUGGUCUUGAUCUAGUUCCCUUUGACAUAAUCUGGAAAGAUGAGAAUAUGUCACAAGACAUCAUAUAAGAUAUGUAGUUGCAAAAAAUAAAAUGGAUUAAAUUUUCCUACCUCCGUUGCUGUAUCAGACUCGGAAUCAUUAAGAUAAUUGACCUUUGUCUUUGUUUUAGUAAUUUUCGUAGUUUCUUCUUUUUUAGGUGUUCUUUGCUUUAGCUUUUUCUUUUUAGUAAUUUUAAUAUCAUAUUCUUCAUCAGGUUCGUCGCAAGACUCAAUAUUGUUCAGUACCUUUUUCAAAUCUUUUAAUCUAGCACGUUUCUUGUCGAUUAGAACACCUACAUUACUAUCAUUAAGGGCAUUAUUUCUAAUAGGACUCGUUGCUUUCGAACGUGGACUUAGCCUUUUUAUUCCUGCUAUUUUAUUUACUUUUCGUGCAAUAGAUUUAGAAACGAUAGCUUUCUUAGCUGAACCAGAUGCAUUAUUAAAUUCUAAUUUUCCAUUUGGCUUGUGACCUAAUUUAUUUAAGCCGUCGGUUAAAAUUUCUAUAAAUUUUUCAUAAUUUGGUAUUCCAUUGAAUUCUAUAGUUUUUAACAAUUUCAUAUAUUCAAGUACUGGUUUUGGUGUUAAAUCAUGAAAACAUUGGUCCAAAAAGUUUGGAAGAUUUUCAAAGGCUUUUUCUUUUUGUUUUUGUACAGUAGUUGGAUUAGUUAAAUCCUUAUCCCAUGGAAGAGAGCCACACAACCAGUGUAUCAUGUUAUAUCCCAAGAUUUCAAAAUCACCACGCAUUGUAGGUACUGCAAAAAUACAUAAUAAUAAAUAUGGGUAUAUUUAAUUUAUAAGUAUAUACUUUAAUAGAUUACUUUUAUACUUACUCCCUAUAUGAGCAUCUCUACUAGUAUACUCAAUAGUUCCAUCAUGUGCUCUUUUUGGAUCUGGCUUAUAUUCUGUUUUUGUUGUAUAUCGCGUUGCUAAACCAAAAUCUACUAAAUAAACUUGAUCCAGAGACUUUGAACUCAAUAAUAAAUUUGACCCCUUUAUGUCAGCAUGU